AUGAUAAAAGACACAAACUUGUCUACAAGUUCAAUUUUUUUUGAUGAUGAAGAUGUUUAAUGGCAAUUCAGAUAAUCAUAAGAACUUAACAUUACAUUAAAAGGAUUAUUUCAUAUCUAUAAGGAAGAGAAGAGUCAUUAUAAACUGUCAGAGCUCUCUUUUAGCCAACCUUACAUUAUAAAAUAGUCUAAAAAAUAAGUUUAUUAUUAUUUUACAUAAGGGUUUCAAAGUUCUAGAUAUUACUAAUGCUAUUAUUGAAAAAGUUAAAAACAAUAUAGUUGGUGAAGGAAUAUUAGUAAAAAGAAAUAAACUAAAGUUUUAUAUGUAUGGUCAGAUAGAAAAAUGGAUAGAAACAUUUUAAGAGCUCUGUGUAUAGAUUAAUUUUCAUGAGGACUAUUUUUUAUAUAGAUUAAUUUCCAAUAGUCAAUAGUCAAAGGUAUCAAAUUUUAAACUUAUAAAAGGUUUAUUUUGCAGAAUAUAGGAGUACUAAAAUUGAUUAUGCAAUCAAAGUAUUUGAAAAGAAUAAAUUUGAAUAAGAAAUUGGACCAAAAGCUAUGAAAUAAGAAAUAGAGAUUCUGAGACUCAUAAAAAAUGAAUAUUUCACAAAAUUAUUAAAAAUAUAUGAAGGAAAUGAGGCAGUUUAUUUAGUAUUUGAACAGUAAAGAGGAGGUGAUUUAUAGAGAUUUAUAAAAGAUAAUGAAAAUACUCUAACUGAAAAAACAGCAUUUCAAGCUAUCAAAUAAUUAUUAUAAGGAAUAAGUGAAAUGCAUAAUCUAAAUUAUAUGCAUCGUGAUUUAAAACCAGAGAAUAUAUUAUUAAAAAAUAAGGAUUCUUUAGAAUGUCUAAUAAUUAGUGAUUUAGGUUUGGCAGAAAAAGUCAAUAAUGAAAAAAAACAAUUGUUUACUUUUUGUGGUACUCCUGGUUAUGUUGCUCCUGAAAUUCUUAAGAAAGAACCAUAUGAUUAAAAAGUUGAUAUAUAUGGUAUAGGAAUAAUUCUAUACAUUUUAUUAACAGGAUACAAUCCAUUCUAGUCUUUUAUAAAGGAUGAAAUUAUUUAAUUGAAUAUGAUUGGGUAUGUGAAUAUAGAUAAAGUAAAUUGUUCAGAACUUGGAAAAGAUUUAUUAAGACAUAUGUUGUAAGUAUCUCCAAAUCUAAGACCUACUGCAAAUUAAGCACUUAGACAUUAAUAUUUUAGAAAUUAAUCUAAAUAAGAUACAUUUCUUAAAAAAACCAUAAUUAUCUCUAAACCUUAAAUUGAUUCUAUUCAUAGUGAAAAAAUCUCUCCUAUAGCAACAAAUCUUAAUUUUGAUUAAAUAAAAGCACAACCAAAUCUAAAUUUUGAUAAAUUUAAAGCUCCUUUAAGUAAGAAUAGUUUCUUAUAAUAGUUAAAUCAUAAUAUUUAAGAUAAGCUACUCCAAGAAUUGAUAACUAUUAAAAUAAUAAUGUAAAUUAAGUUAAGAAAUUUAGAAAAGCUUCAUGA